AUGACUGGAGGCAAAUCCGGAGGAAAGGCCAGCGGCUCCAAGAACGCGCAAUCCCGAUCGUCCAAGGCCGGUCUUGCGUUCCCCGUUGGUCGUGUCCACCGUCUUCUCCGAAAGGGCAACUACGCUCAACGUGUUGGUGCUGGUGCUCCCGUCUACCUUGCCGCUGUCCUCGAAUACCUUGCAGCUGAAAUCCUCGAAUUGGCUGGCAAUGCCGCCCGCGACAACAAGAAGACCCGUAUCAUCCCCCGUCAUCUGCAACUCGCCAUCCGCAACGAUGAAGAAUUGAACAAGCUUCUCGGACACGUUACAAUUGCACAGGGUGGUGUCUUGCCCAACAUCCACCAGAACCUUCUGCCAAAGAAGACCCCGAAGGGUGGCAAGAAUCCCAGCCAAGAGCUAUAG